AUGAAAAAUGGAAGACUCAUAAAUAAGAAAGCUAUACAACUAAUAUUAGGAUUAUAUGUGUUGUUCACAUUUUUAUUUAUUAAUAUUAACUACUGCUAUGGAAAGAAUAUAAAUAAUGAUGAAUAUGUUAGAAGUGCUGAUAUAUAUAAAGCAAUAGUUAUAGAUGCUGGAUCUACAGGCACAAGAAUUUAUAUAUAUAAUUAUCAUAUAGUAGAUAAUGAGAAAAGUAAUAUAAAAAUAAAUAUUCCAUCUAUAAAUUAUAGAACUACACCUGGAUUAGUAUAUAUAUUAAAUAGAUAUUUUUCUGGUGAAGAAGAAGAAUUUCAUAAUUAUUUUAAAAAUAUAAAAAGUUUUAUUUAUGAUAAUGUGGAAGAAGAAAAACGUUUUAAUACAAUAAUAUUGUUUAGAGCAUCUGGAGGAUUUAGAUUAUUAAGUAUUAAUGAAUCAGAGAAAUAUAUGGAAUUUUUAAAAAAUUAUUUCUUUACACAUUUCAAUGAAUUUUUAUUAAUUGACGAUUUAUUAGUAAACGUCCUAAGUGGCAAGGAAGAGGCAAUUUUGUCGUUUGUUUCUAUAUAUGCUCUGCUUCAAAAUUUCAAUCCGAGUCCUCUUAUUUUUACAGAAAAUGAUAAAAGAGAUAACAAUAUAACUGAUGACCAAAACGAAGAGGUAAAUAAUAAAAAAAACGAUAACCGUGAUGGUAAUAAUAACAGUAACGAUAGUGAUAACACCAUUGGUGUUCUUGAAUUAGGAGGAGCAACUGCUCAAAUUGUAAUAAAGGUUCCUUUGUCUAAAAUGAACAACGAUAUAGUAAACCAAUUUAAUUAUCAACAUAAAGAAAAAAAGAAAAAUAACAUUAUUGAAGAAAAUUAUAAAAAUAAAAAUAUCGUAAAAAUAAAUUUAUUUGAUCAAGAUAUAUAUUUAUAUUGUAAAAGUUAUCUUGUAUUAGGAAGACAAAAUGCUAUGAAAACAUAUUUACAUUAUAUAUUACAUAAGCAUAAAGAAAUAGAUGAAAAGAAUAAAUUUAUACAAAUGGCAUGUUUCCCAAGAAAUUUCAAGUUUCAUAUUAAUAACAUAUAUAAAACAUCAAUAGAAGAAGAUUUAUUAGAAUAUGAUGGAAACACAAAAAUUAAAGAUGAUGAAUAUAUAGGUGUGGGUAUUGGUAAUAUAAAUAUGUGUAGACAAGAAAUACAAACAAUUCUUGAUUAUGCCCAAAUUGAUGAUUUGCCAUUUAAAAUAAAAAAAUUUAUUAAAUUAUAUGGAAUAGAAAAUUUUCAUCACUUUGCAGUGGAUAUAUUAAACAUAGCCGAAAGUUUUAAUCCCAUUUCUCUUAAUACAAAUAUGUAUUUGGAAAAAGCACAGGAAAUAUGUCCCCUUACUAUAGAUGAAAUAAGAAAAGUUGUCAGACCAGAAUCAAACAUGGAAAAGGCUCAGACGUCAUGUUUUGGGCUCAUAUUUUUAUAUGAAUUUAUGAGAUAUAUUCUCAAAAUUGACAACUCCAUAUUAUUUUACUCAACCAAUUAUAUAAAUAAAACGAGCAUAACUUGGACUAUUGCCGUAUUGCUAAUGGAAAUUCCGAAAGUUGUUCAUUUAAUUAGAAAAAAUGAAAAAAUAAAAGGUGUACCCUCAGAUGAGCUUUGA